CUUUCAUCACAUUUCAUUCAGUAUUUCUUUCAUCCCACACUCUUUGCACAUCACGUUUCUCUCACAACCACAGUCAUUGAACAUGAAGACCUUUAUCAACAUCGGCUUUACCGCCUCACUAAUUAAUCUCACUUUGGCAUCAGUGACUAAUCACAGCCGGAUGAACGCAGCCAAGCCCAAGAGAGCUUUGCUUACAUGUCUCGAGACUUACGGCGGCGGCUCUGUAGAUUGUGGAGGUCAGGAUAGCUUGUUCUGCUAUGAUCCUACCCUGGGAGAAACUUGCUGUGAAAUGGACAAUGGCUACUGCGUAGCGGGCGAUUUCUGUGCUCCUGUUGCCGGAUACUGUUGCACGAAUGGCGAAGAUCCCGAAACCUGCGCAGCUCGUCUCAAUUUUACGCUUCCUUCAUCUUUCUCUCUCGCCCCUGCCACUGCACUGCACGCUUUCACUUUCUCUAAUACGUCAGCUUUAAUUGCUUCACCUACACGAGCUCGAUUAACGACCACGAGUACGUCUACCAUCCGAAUAAGCCUGGCCUUAGUAAUUCCGACAGAGGCUGCCACUCAAGUCGCAGCUCUUACUGUCGACACAGACGGAAUGACACCCCAAUUUACUGCUCCAGUUGGAAAUAAUGUGACACCAGAUGACAUAUCGCCUGCCGAUGCUACCAGACCUGCAUCAGCGACCCGGACCGGCGAUAGUGGUUUUGUUGCUUUUACUGGCGCCGCAGCCGCCAACAGGAUCACCGAGAUGGGAAGUUCAUCAGGGCUCGUUGUCGCUCUUCUGGGAUUAACUCUCUGGUUUUGAAGAUGGUGUAAGACUUUUUUGUGGAGAAUUAAAGCUCAAAGACAGGGAGAGACAUGAGAAGGGAUGAAUGUUUUGAUAUAUCGGUUUAAGCGAGGGCGAAGCAAGGAUUGUGGACGAGCGAAGCGAGGCGGUCGGGGUGAAUGCUUAAAGAUGAGCAGUCUAGCAUUAAGGAG